AUGGCCGCAGUUAACACAGCACAGUCUAGAGUCCAUCGACAGGCGCUCGCUGAUUCUCAUCAUGUGGCAAGCGAAGUUACCACUGUCAUGGACAAGUUUGCCUUUCCUAUUCCACAACUUGAAGAUGUCUGCUUCAACACCACAAAAUUCAACUACACUGACAACUAUAAACUUUGCGCAUUAAUCCACCAAUCCCCCAAAGCUGGAUCCAAACACCCACAGUUCAUCUGUGUUCCUCGCAACACAUUGCGACCACAUCGGAUGGUGAAUGCCGUCAUCCCUGCUCAGAUGGCAAUCCCAAUGGUGGCCGUUCCAUGGAUGUCAGAAGCCCAUCGAGCAGAAAUGAUGUCCCGCAUGGUUCCCCGCAUACUUCACCAACCUCCGGUUACGCAAGCUACGGGAAGGGUCUACUUGUCUCCGCAUGCAUCCCCAAUGCCGAGACCAAUCGGCCAAACCUUUGCCCGGGUCCUCGCAAUGCGCAAUGACCACCUCGGAUGCGUAUUCCGUCGUACCUAUGAUGGCAAACCCCAUCCUGAGACCGAUCGGCCACACUUUGCUCGCGUCCUCGCAACGCGGUAUGACCGCCUCGGAUAUGCAUUCUGCUGUUCCCAUGAUGGCAAUCCAAAGAGGCAUAAGCGCCAGUUUCAGCUCCCUCCGGCCCAGUCGGGACUGCCGAUGAGCCAGCCAUCUCCCCUCCUCUGCCGGAACCUUGGAGGAUUUAAAACAGCAUUGGCAUGA